CGACUAUACGACACAAAGAAACAUAAACAUAAACAACACUAAGUAUUGAACAGGAUGAAAUUCACAUACACAGCAUUGGCAGUCUCGGCCUUGGCGGCAUCGAGCAUAGUCGAAGCAGCCAACCUUACUGAGGCAGACGAGGUAGCUUCGCUAUUUGAUGCAACACAGAUAAUAUCGUACAACUUAGUGAUGACGGAAGACAGUAUUGCCUUCCUUAAUGCCGAUCCAACACAAGAAGUGUACGUUCCCUGUAACGUGACACUCAAUUAUGUUGAUCCCCUCACAGAGUCCAACGUCGAUACCGUAGAGCCAUUGACGCUCAUAGGUGCUGGGUGCCGGUACAAAGGAAGUUCUGGUAGUUACAAGGGCUGUGUGAGUACAGAAAACGGAUCUUAUGGCGCUAUAAUAGAGAAUUCAACUUCCUGUCGUACUUUGAGUUGGAAAGUCGACUCGAACGAAUUCGCGGACGACUACGACCAGGAGAGCAAGCAGCGGUUCUACGGGCUGAAGAAACUUGUAUUCAAUGGUAUUCAAGACGACGAUUCAAUGAUUGGUGAGCGAUUGGCCUACACAGUCCUAGGAGAACGACUUACCAAUAGCCCUAGGGUAGCCGUAGCGCGCGUGUUUGUCAACGAUGAGUAUUACGGCGUCUACGAUUUUAUAGAGGAAGUUGAUGACAUAUUCGUUGACUCGCAUUACACGGAGGAGAACGUUUCUCUGGGUGCUAUGUGGAAAGAGGUAUGGUACCCGUGCGCCGGGCACCCUAAUCCAACCUACGAUUUGAACAUAAAUGAUUUCGAACCCAAGGAGUAUGGCGACGAUGAUUUCACAGGCCUUGAUAAGCUCUCUGAAGUGGCACAGCUUUCCAUUGAGUGCUUGGCUGGUGAUAACUGUGACGAGACAGCCGCCCAGGCCAUUCUGGAUGGUCGAGUGGAUUCCACCUCAUUCCUAAACACCAUGGUGGUCAACUACUUGUUGCUGAACUGGGAUAGUGCUCAUAGAUUAUUUGCCGAUAGCACAGACAAUUCGUAUUACAAUCACAACUAUUAUCUAUACGUUCCCCAAAAUGGGACCAUCGAGUACAUCCCCUGGGAUUAUUCCGAGGCUCUUAUCCAGGCCAGCUGUGGCUUUGAUGACGCAUACUCGUCAACAGAAGAUGGUUUUGGACAGGGAGGAGGUGAUGGUGGACAGGGUGGCCGCCCAACUGCAGAGGGUACUGACAACAGUACACAGGCAGGAAAUGUAAUGACUACAGAGGAGAUGGCUGCUAUGGACACCGACAUGAUGGUCACACCACCUGAAGAAGGUGUGGAUGCCACUGCAUUUGCCGCUGGAGGAUCCCCAACUGGAGGACAAAGGGGACAAAGAGGCCAAGGAGGCGAUACCACCACCACAUGCCCUGAAACACCUCAUUGGUUCGAUACUACCUUUGACCAAUCCUUGUGCAAUGUCACCGGUUCUGGUGGGCGCGACUCGACUAUGCCCUUCGCUUGCGAUCCGGUUGGUCAUAUUAUGGCCCUAGCAUGGAAGACCCAAUUCUUGGAGCUUAUGGCCGUCGCGCAAAGUCAGGAUAACUUCCUCGGGGGAAUUAAUGACCACGCCAAGGUAUUUGCGGUUCAAGUGGCUUAUGACGUAGAGCGCUAUGCGAACCAGGGAGGCAUUCCCAGUUAUUCUGAUUUCCAGUGGGGAGUUGUGAACUCUUUGCAGAAGGCCGGAACCGAAAGCAUGUACUGGUUCACGUACGCAAACAAUGCUACCUCUUUUGCGUAA